GGAAAUUUUCAUAUCAUGAGCUGAUUGCUUCAAUCUCACCACUAUUCUGCGUCUACUUAGACUUACGGUGCUAAUGGCGCCAGCCAUCCACACAGAGAGCUCACCACGACAACUGGUCAUCAGAGAAGCUCAAACACACGCAAAUUAAAGUCUAGACUGGAGACCACUCAAUACCAUCCGGCAAAAUGGCAGCACUGCAUCAUCAAAUCGUCCCUUCAGUAGCCCACAACCCACAGGCUCCGGACCCUUCCCGGCCAAGGCUCGUCUCAGCUUCAGCCCUUGCGAGCAUCGAGAAGCGACGCCGGGAUUUUGUGCGGAGCUUGGGCCCAUGUCCCAGCGGAUGCGAGGAUCUGGAUGUAUAUGUGCUCCUUGGCGGGUUUGAGCGUGGAAGCGUUGUUGGGAUAAGUGCCGAGGACGAGGAUGGAGUGGGUCUUGGGCUACAAGUGUUAGUGUGCUCUCUCCUUGACAAGGCAGUUCAAAAGGUCCAGAUUGUGACGCCCAAGCCUCCCAGCACCAUCGUCGUACUACUCAAGAACAGCAUCACGGCUGAGCUCAAAGCAAGAGGCAUCACGGCUCCUAGUGAGAUUGCGGCCCAGGGGAAAUUGUGUCUGGACAGAAUCUUGCUUUCGCGCGUCUUUGACAUGGAUGGACUGUGCGAGGUGCUGGCGGACUUGGACAAUGCAGUUGCUCCUGGGGCUGAGGAGCAUGUCCUCCACAAACCAGAAGGGGAUGAUGCACAGCCAACAGAGGGGGAAACGGCCAAGACACAGGCCAAGGCCGAUGAUGUUCCUAGAGACUUGGGGGAUGAGCCGCAGAGCCCCAAUUCAACAUCGGCAACCCCCGACAUCAUCCUCAUCACCCACUUCUCCUCCCUCCUCACCAGCUUCUUCACACAGCGCGACAACUCAGUCGCCCACGCAACCCUCCGCCUCCUCGCCUCCCGCCUGCGCCGCCUCUCCAGAACACUCUCCUCCAACCCUCUCAUACUGCUCAUCAACUCCACCGACUCCGGCGCCGCGUCAUCUACAGCAACUACAGCAGCAACGGCGGCAGCAGCCCAUUCUUCAGAGCACGAUAUCCCGCCGCCAGACCAACCAGCCACUCAGAAACCUUCCGUCGACCCAACUCUCCGGUCGAUUUUCAAACCGUCCUCCGAGGCGUCGGGACAUGGACAUGCCGGCGGGUACAAGCCCAAUAAGCCGACCUUUGGUCUUGUAUUCACACAGCUGCUCGACGUCCAUCUCCUCUGCACACGAGCUCCUCGCCUCGGCAAGACAUCUUUACCGCGCGCACUGACUGUCGUCGAGGUGCUGCUGGAUGACAUUGGCCUGUGGGAAGGUAAAAGGGGUCUUAGGAAGAGGAGGGAGCAACGUUGGACCGUCGUGGCCCCUUAUAAUGGCCGUAUUAUCAAUGCGUCCGACGGCAAGAAGCUGAUAGGUAAAGAAUGA